AUGAAUAAAGUAAUUGUUGGUGGAGCAACAAACCUAUAUCAAAAGAAAUUGGUAUCAGCAGUAUUCACUGUGACAGCACCAACUCUUAGAUCAUACACCACCGCCACCACAAAGAAAUCAAAUAAUCAACAACAACAACAACAACAACAACAAACUAUUAAAUGUACCAAAUGUAAAGCACACAAUCAUCAUCAUCAUCAAUCAUCAUCCAACUAUUUAUUCAACAACAACAACAACAACAAUGAAAAUAACAAAAGAUUCUUUAGAUCAACAUCACCACAACUUGAAGAGAAGAGAGAUCUCUAUGAGGUAUUAGAUGUACCUAAAAGCGCAACUAAACAAGAUAUUAAAAAAGCUUUCUAUGCUUUGGCAAAGAAAUAUCAUCCAGAUACAAAUCAAGGAGAUCCAAAUGCACACAAGAGAUUCUCAGAGAUUACCAAUGCAUAUGAUGUAUUGUCAGAUGAAAACAAGAGAGCAAUGUACGAUGCUCAAGGACAUCAAGGUGCUACGGCCGAUUAUGGUGAUUUCAAUCCAAACAGUCAUCAAAACAUGGAAGAGAUGUUUCAAAACUUUGAUUUGGGCGAUCUUUUUGGACAAGGGUUUGGCGGACAAGCCGGUGGAAAGGUGAAUGGUUCGGACAUUCAGAUCAAGCUGCACUUGGAUUUCAUGGACGCUGUCAAUGGGUGCAACAAGGACGUGUCGUUCCACGGCGCAUCGUCGUGCUCGACUUGUGACGGCUCGGGUGCCAAGCCGGGUACCAAGGCCACCAACUGUAAGCCAUGUCACGGUACAGGUACUACCACCAAGUCGAACGGCUUUUUCGCCUUUCAAUCGACAUGUAAGACCUGCAAGGGCACGGGUAAACAAAUCAAAGAUCCGUGUGGAACAUGUCGUGGAAAGGGUAGCACCCAAGGUACGCGUACACUCAACAUCAAGAUCCCACAGGGUGUCAAUAAUGGCAUGAACAUCAAACUCACAGGCCAAGGAGAGCCAGGUGAGCGUGGUGGUCGCAAGGGUAACCUCUAUGUCAACGUGUCGGUUGGACAACACGAGCUCUUUAGACGUGAGGGCAACGAUAUUCACUUGGACGUUCCCAUCACCUUGGCACAAGCUAUUCUCGGCUCAACCGUCACCAUCCCAACUCUUUCAGGUGAGGUCGAUUUGAAAGUGACACCAGGCACGCAGCCAGGUGAAAAGCGUGUUCUCAGAAACAAGGGUGUUCGUUCAGUCAACGAUGCAUCCUAUGGCAACCAAUACGUACACUUUGUCGUCACCAUUCCAAAGAAUGUCAACGACAAACAAAAACAACUGAUCCAAGAAUUUGAUCAAGAAGAGAAAAACAGAAAUGGUCCUCUCGAUAGUCUUACUCAUCCAAUUCUAUCUAUUUGGAACAGCGCUAUGAAGAGAUGGAGGGAAUACUCAAAAGGCCAAAAAUAG